UUGAGAAACACCACAGGAUCUGCUGUGGAUUUAUUUGGCAUAUAAACAUAAUGUCACAGGCCAACAAUUGGAUUAUUCGCAUUUUUCUUUUGGCUAUGUUUUUCAGCCUUGUUGCUAUACUUUCCUACAGUAUUCAAAUGAAAAGGGACAAUAUAGUUUACCGAUCGACAGACUCUGACAUUUUAGACAAAGCUUGCAGUGCUUUGCUUCAAGGGUCAGCACAAAUGGUCUGGAGAUCUGCUUUUACUUUAUCAAGUAUGAAUACCACGUGCAAAGAAUACCUUACCAAGAACCAUUUUAUACGUGAACCUUUGUCAUCGAUGGAAACAGAUUUUCCCCUGGCUUAUAUCAUCACUGGACACAAAGAAUUUGAAAUGAUUGCAAGACUUUUUAGGGCUAUCUAUGCCCCACAGAAUAUGUACUGUAUUCAUAUUGAUGAAAAGGCUAAAAGGGAAUUAAAGGUAUCUGUUGAGAAACUGGUGAACUGUUUCCCCAAUGCCUUCCUUUCCUCCAAAGCAGAACCAGUGAUUUAUGCUGGAAUAUCCAGGCUUCAUGCAGAUAUGCAUUGUAUGAGGGAUUUGAUUUCGUCUAAUAUGAAGUGGAAAUAUGUCAUCAAUGUUUGUGGGCAGGAUUUUCCCUUGAAGACCAACCGUGAGAUUAUACAAUACCUGAAAAGAUUUAAGGGGAAAAACAUUACUCCAGGCAUACUGCCUCCAGACCAUGCUAAGAAAAGGACACAAUUUGUCUUUAGAGAACAUAUGGAUAACAGAAAAUCCUACGUCUUUAAAACUAACAAAUUAAAAUCACCCCCUCCUCAUAACAUCACCAUCUACUUUGGUUCUGCCUACUAUGCAUUAACCUACGAAUUUGUUAGGUUUGUUUUAGAAGACAAACUGGCAAAAGACCUGCUGGAGUGGUCAAAAGAUACCUUCAGUCCUGAUGAGCAUUACUGGGUGACCCUAAAUCGCAUGCCUGAAGCACCAAAUUCUAUGCCAACAGCAAAGUGGGAAGGUGAUUUAAAAGCCAUUAAAUGGAGAGAUCAGAAUCACGGAGGGUGCCAUGGGCACUACGUGAGAGACAUCUGCAUCUAUGGUUCCGGGGACUUGAAGUGGCUGAUUGAAAGAAGUAGCAUGUUUGCCAACAAGUUUGAAUUUAAAAGCUACCCGCCAACUGUAGAAUGUCUGGAGCAAAGACUGAGAGAGAAAGCACUAAAUCAAAGUGAAACCACUAUAGAGUCAAGCUGGUACUUCUAAUUCAAUGUGUUAUAAAAUGGAAGAUGCUUAGUAACCUGCUUUAAAGGUUACUGAACACAAUAAAGACUGGUAUACUGAUUAUAUUAUAUAUGGUAUGUGUGGGAUAUGUAGUGCUUUAAGAGUUGAAAAUUACUAAUAAAUGAUAUUAGUUCCAUAUUAGGAAUAAACGGCGCCGUUCUGAAAGUUGAUUGGCUGGCCGGGACACUAGAUAAGGUGACACCGCGCUAGAAGCGGGCAGAGUGGAUUGGGAGCGGAGCGAGUGAUGUUAUGCUGUAUUAUUUUGCUAAUAAAAGUGUUUUUUUUGUUUUUCUGGUGUUAUUAUUCUAAAGCAAUCAGCUUCCUAACAGCCUUAUGCUUAGAAGUUUUCUUAAGUCUGUGCACCUCCACUCAGAGACACAACAGUAAGCAUGAGAAAUAACUGUAAAGGCAUGACUCAGUGUUAAACUUUGAAGAUCUAAUUGCAUUUUAAUGAAAUUAAACA